GGAGUUUAGGCGAUAAUUUUUUGGACUAUCCGAUGAUUGAGAAAGACUUGUAGUUAUAUUCUUUCAAAUAUAACAAACAUUUCAUUCAGAUUUAAAUAUCGUGAGAUUGAAAUGGUUUCAGUGAAAAGGAUCAGGGAUGAAUAAGUACGGUAAAUGAUAAGAUAAAAAAAUUUCUACUCUACCGUGCUGACAAAAAAUGUAAUGAUAGAAUCCAAGUGCUCUCUCUCAUAUCAGUCAUUCGAUCCCUACUCCUACUACUACAGUUCAAACACACGAAGAAUAAGAACCUUGCUACAAAUGGUCUAUGCCACGCAUGUACUUAAAGCGGGUCCCACACUUAUCAAGAAAAUGAGAAAUAAUAAAAAUAUAGUUCCAAGUAUUAUAUAACAAAAAUCCACCCAUUAAAUUUGCCACAGAGCUGCUUCCUUCCUACUUUUUCGCCACCAUCUCUCUCUCCAAAGCUGUUGAAGAUUCCGACUAUGUUGUCCGCCGAUAGCUGGACUCGAGUGGCCAUGUCUGACGAUUCUCUGGUAGCCGACGCGCUGCUUCAGCUCCGCCACUCCAAACCCCCACCAUCUCCUCUCAAGCUGAAAUGGAGCGUGCGUCAACGGAGAUCGAAAAAAGGAGACCUAACGCGAGCUAGCCCCACCAGCCCUUUAACUUGGAGCGGCGCCACGUCUUUCAGCGGCGGUGGCGGUGGCGGUGGUGGUGGUGGUGCUACCACCGUGGACGGCCUUGAGGAGUCCAGCGUCGCCGUUAAACCCUCUGAGACCUUUAGAUCUAAGGUUUUUCAAACGAGUGCAAUAACAACAACAACUCUGUUCAAGAGAUCAAGGAAGAAAAAGACUUUGGCUGAGCUUAAAGAUGAGGAAGUCAUGCUCCUGAAGGAAAGUAAAGACCUUAAAAAUGACUUAGCAAGUAUGCGUGAUUUGGUGGAGCAGCAAAGAGCAAGAAACAAUGCUCUUAAGAAGAUGAAGGCUGAAUCACAAUCUGCCUUGUCCUGCAAACGCGCCUUGGAACAAGGUUCCUCAUUCUUGCUCCCUGACCUAAACAUGCCACUAGAUACCGAGACGAGCCCUGAAGUGAUUUGCUGAACGACGAGCCAUAAGCAAUAUUAUUCUUUUGUUUUUCCCAUCACACCCAAAUAACUAUACCACCUUCCACAAACAUCUUUUUUUUUAACAGUUACUAUAUGAAAGAUAGAUUAUUCCUGUAUAUAUCCUCACCCGUUUGGCCAUUCCCCGUGGCCGCUAUAGAAGAUUAGGCCUCAAGGGGAGAGGAGAUUCGAGUUUAUGUUUCUUGACAUAUCUUCUUCUUCUCUAGCCGUUAGUAUGUUUUUUUUCUUUUUUUUUUUUUGCUCUGCCAAGUGAUUCUUAUCUUCUCACAUGAUCUACAUAGAUAUACACUUUUCUUAUUAUCUUUGUUAAGAUAUAUUGCAAGAUCACAUGGCCUUUGGUAUCAA